ACCAACUUACCAGUCUGGUUGGAGACUUUCGCAAGCAAAAGCAGAUUUAGUCGAUAAUUGUGUGUUAUUCGUGCUGUGCAGGUGUAUCCUAAGAAAAUGUCCUAUCGUCUGAAAGCAACGAAAUGUCCAACGGACGAAUUGUCGGUGACCAACAAGGCCAUCGUGAAUAUCAACGAUUUUCCAGAAGAUGUUAAGUAUGCCGACAUAUCACCUGGCCCCGGUCAACAUUAUAUAUUUGCAUUGGCACACACCAACGAAGUAGCGAGGGGUCAUGUAGGCUUUUCGUUGGUGCAACGAAAAUGGGCAACCCUUUCCAUUAAUCAGGAUAUUGAUGUGAGACCAUAUCGUUUCGAUGCCAACUCCGAUGUCAUAACUCUUGUAUCAUUCGAGACAGACUUCUUACAAAAGAAAAUUACAUCACAGGAGCCCUAUGAUUCUGACCAGAUGGCAAAGGAAUUUUUAAUGCAGUUUGCUGGCAUGCCAUUGACUGUUGGGCAGACUUUGGUAUUUGAUUUUCAAGGCAAAAAACUACUAGGGCUUGCAGUAAAAACUUUGGAAGCUGUAGAUCCAAAGUCACUUGGCGAGGGCAAGGAAACGACUUCAAAGAAUGUACGUUUUGGUCGUAUACUUGGCAAUACAAUUGUACAAUUUGAGAAAGCUGAGAAUUCUUCGCUGAAUUUACAAGGCAAGUCCAAAGGAAAAAUAGUACGCCAGAGUAUCAUCAAUCCAGAUUGGGAUUUCGGCAAGAUGGGUAUUGGUGGCUUGGAUAAAGAAUUCAAUGCCAUCUUUCGUCGUGCUUUUGCAUCGCGUGUCUUCCCCCCUGAGCUUGUGGAGCAGCUGGGCUGCAAACACGUCAAAGGUAUACUGCUGUAUGGCCCACCCGGUACUGGUAAAACGCUGAUGGCACGUCAAAUUGGCACUAUGUUGAAUGCGCGCGAACCAAAAAUUGUCAAUGGUCCACAAAUUUUGGACAAAUAUGUAGGCGAAUCGGAAGCAAAUAUACGACGACUCUUUGCUGAGGCCGAGGAGGAAGAGAAAAGGCUCGGCCCCAACAGCGGUUUGCAUAUCAUCAUUUUCGAUGAAAUCGAUGCUAUCUGCAAAGCGCGUGGUUCGGUCGCUGGCAAUAGUGGCGUACACGACACAGUGGUUAAUCAAUUGCUAGCCAAAAUCGAUGGCGUGGAACAGCUAAACAAUAUAUUGGUUAUUGGUAUGACCAACAGACGUGACAUGAUUGACGAAGCUUUGAUGCGACCCGGUCGCUUGGAAGUGCAAAUGGAGAUCAGCCUGCCGAACGAAGAGGGUCGCGUGCAAAUUCUGAACAUACACACAAAGCGUAUGCGCGAAUUCAACAAGAUUGCUCCCGACGUCGAUUCCAAGGAGAUUGCUGCAUUAACAAAGAACUUUAGUGGUGCUGAGUUGGAGGGUUUGGUGCGUGCGGCACAAUCCACCGCUAUGAAUCGAUUAAUCAAAGCUGAUGCCAAGGUACAUGUGGAUCCACAAGCAAUGGAGAAACUGAAAGUAACACGAACUGACUUCCUGCACGCGUUGGAGAAUGAUAUUAAACCGGCUUUUGGCACGGCACAAGAAAUUUUGGAUAAUAUGCUUUCACGUGGUAUCAUCAAUUGGGGACAACCUGUGGCCAGUGUACUUGAGGACGGUAUGCUGUAUGUGCAGCAGGCAAAGGCCACCGAAAGCUCUGGCUUGGUGUCAGUGCUCAUUGAGGGCGCACCCAAUUCUGGCAAAACAGCGCUGGCUGCUAAAUUGGCAAAAAUGUCGGAUUUCCCGUUUGUUAAAGUGUGCUCACCAGAAGAUAUGGUCGGCUAUACCGAAUCAGCUAAAUGCUUGCACAUUCGAAAGAUUUUCGAUGAUGCUUACCGCUCUACGUUGAGUUGCAUUGUAGUAGACAAUGUAGAACGUUUGUUGGAUUAUGGUUCAAUUGGACCACGUUAUUCGAAUCUCACAUUGCAAGCAUUGUUGGUUUUGCUCAAGAAACAGCCACCAAAGGGACGCAAAUUGCUCAUUUUGGUCACUUCAAGUAGACGGGCUGUGCUCGAGGAAAUGGAAAUGUUGACCGCCUUCACAUCCAGCUUACACGUACCAAAUCUAUCAAGUGCCGAACACGUUGUAGCCGUGCUUGAGCAUGCAGAGAUUUUCAGCAAGGGUGAAUUACAGGCUAUUGGCAAAAAGAUGGCGGGCAAGAGGAUAUUCAUUGGAAUUAAAACAUUGCUCGGUCUCAUUGAUAUGGCGCGGCAAACUGAGCCCCAGCAUCGAGCUAUUAAAUUCCUCUCCAAAAUGGAGGAAGAAAAUUUCUUGGGAAUGAGUAACAAAGAACAAUUCAACAUUCACAUGAAAUCUAUGUAUUCUCACUUCCGAAAGAAGAUUUCACACAAGCUCUUAAAUAAAAGAAAAAAUCGAAAGUGAGGCGCUUCUCUGCCUUGCCCUCAUAAAGUCCGCUCGAUGAUGACUACGCCAAAACUGGUUGACUUGUUAAUUGUUAAUAAAUAACUAUUAUAUUAAAGUAAACCAUUUAGCUUGCUUUUGUUAGUAAAGAUUAGGCAAUUUUAAAACCAAUUUACCUGCUUGUUAAAUCGUAAAAAAAUCUUUCAAAUGUUAUGAGUGUCUAAGUAUGCUGUAAGAAACUUUAAAACAAAGUCUCAAUUAGUAGUGUUAAGGGAGUUAACUUCAUAUUUGUAGUACAUUUUCUUUAAAUAUUAAAUUGUAAAUAUAAUUUGUAGUAGUAUUAUAUAUAACUAAAUGCGUACAAUCUGUUAGAGAGAAUGCUGAGUUUUCUUUUCAAAAAUAUAAUACCUUUGAAAAUUGUAUUGCUAAAAAACAAAACACAAACCUAUUGAUAGGAUUGAGAAAAUGCCCUCAUUCACAUAGCGAACAUUAGCUGACAAGUUAUACCUCCCACUAAGGACCAUCACUUCAGCGUCAAAUCCCUGCCAACUACCCCCUUGCGAAUUCAGCGUAUUUUUCUAACAGAUUGUAAUGCAUUCGAUCUAUAGAUGCAUUUUUUUUUUUUUUCAAACUCUUAUAAUUAAAAUA